AUAUAUAUAUAUAUAUAUAUCAUUCUGCAGAAACUAGCCAGACGGCAGCAGGAAGGUAUGGAUAGAGUGAAGGAUUUGGCGUCAAAGAAAGCAGCAGUGAUAUUCACCAAGAGCUCGUGUUACAUGAGCCACAGCAUUAAGCAGCUGUUCUACGAGCUAGGAGCAAGCCCUGCAGUGCAUGAGCUUGACAAGGAACCGUAUGGGAGGGAAAUGGAGUUGGCUUUAAGGGCUCUGGGUUGCAACCCUUCAGUCCCUGCGGUGUUCAUAGGUGGCAAGUUCGUGGGUUCUGCAAGAGACAUCAUUUCUCUUCAUGUUGAUGGCACUCUCAAGCAAAUGCUCAUUGAUGCUAAGGCCAUAUGGUUUUAGCUACCCACUUGCACUACUACUCCUAAAGACUAUAUAUACAUAAAGAAGCCGAGCUCCGUGCACAUAAAUAUAUAUAUAUAUAUAUAUAUAUAUCUACGUCGUAUAUACUACUAAUACCAUAUAUGGGUCUCUGCAAGUAUAUACUAUAUCCAUGGAGCUCUGUCUUGUAAGAAUGUUUUAGAGUCAAGCUUAGCUAGGGACACUCUUGCUUUUUCUCGAGUGUCCCGUUUUGAUUGUAUGCAAAGACAUGAUACAAAUCGAUACAAAAACAGUGCUUUUUUUUUUUU